AUGGGAAUCCGCAGCUUGUUGUCUUCCUCCGUGAUGGUCGGAGCCAGGAAGAUAAUUAUGAAGGGGAAACGCCGCAAUCAACAACAGAAUCGCCACUGCCAACACAGCUUCCAAUCCCCUGCUGCAGCCAAAGCAGAGGAUCAUCAUCGUCGCCGCGCCGCGGUGCCGAAAGGGCACAUUGCAGUUUACUUAUUGGGCGGUGAUGAUCAUCAGCAGCAGCAGAGCAGAAGGUUCGUGGUGCCGAUUUCGUAUGUGAACCAUCCGAUGUUUGGAGAGUUGCUGGAUAUGGCGGAAGCAGAGUUUGGGUUCAAUCACCCAAUGGGAGCUCUGACUCUGCCUUGUGACGAGGAUUCUUUUCUGCAUCUCAUCUCUUCCCCUGUUUUGAUCCGUUCUGUAAAUCGAUAG